AUGACGAUUAUUCUAUCAAAUAACAAUUAUCUUUUUGGAGGUUAUACAGCUAUACCAUGGACUUCGGAUAAUUCAAACAAGAGUGAUACAACAGCAUUUUUAUUCACUUUGACCAAUCCUCAUGGUAUUCCACCGACUAAAUACUGCAUCAAUCCUACUGUAGCAGAAAACGCAGUUCGUCAUUACAGUACAUUUGAUCCAAUAUUUUGA